AUGCAGCCACGUGGCUGCUGCCGCGGCAUCCUGACCACCAACUUCAUGCUCCUGCUACACCACCACCUCCUCCUCAACAAUGCCAAUGCAGUUGUCGCGUCGUCGUCAGGCGACGGGCGAGCUCUCCUUGAGUUCAAAUCCGGAAUCUCCGUAGACACAACGGGGAUCCUUUCCACCUGGCUACCCACCACCAACCACUGCACCGAUUGGGAAGGCGUGGUGUGCGACCCGGCCGAAGCCAUAAGGGUCACGUCCUUACUCCUCCAGGUACCGCCAGAAGGCUACAUGAAGGGGACACUCUCGCCUUCACUCGGCAGCCUGACAUCGCUGGAGAAUCUGGUCAUCACCAGGACGAAGCACAUCGCGUGGAACAUUCCUGGCACCAUCUCCAACCUGACCAGGCUCAAUCAGCUGAUCAUCGAGGAUUUUUCCAUCGCAGGCCUCAUCCUGCCGAGCAUAGGCAGCUUCCGCUGUCUCGCCUCCGUCUCCCUAGCUAGAAACCGCCUCAACAGCUCUAUUCCUCCUUCAUUGUGGACUCUCCCUAGCCUCCAGCUCCUCAGCUUAUCUCAAAAUUCCCUCUCGGGAACCAUCUCCACCGCUAGAUCAUCCGGCCGAAUCCCUACCACCUUCCCAAACAUCACCUUUCUCGACCUCUCGUAUAUCGUUUCUCAAGCUGGCUCCCGCCGUCUCUGUUCACCUUACAGAGUCUCCGAGACAUCUCACUAG